AUGCACCACAGUAGUACUAUCCCUCUUACACCACACAACAAAAGACCCAAUAAGUCUUCAUCUUCAUCGUCCAUGAAUUAUGGUAAAUGCGCCACCGUUGACCUUCCUUCUGCCGCUACUGAUUUGGUUAAGCAUUGUCGAUCCCAAGCUAUGGACCCUUCUAUUUCCGAUGAAAAAGAACAUGAAUCCGAGAAAGAGCAGUUAAAGGCUCAUGUUAUUGAAGAAGGUGAUUCAAUUGGGCAUAGACUUCUGGGUUUGCUUCUACAAUGUGCAGAGUGUGUCGCGAUGGACAAUCUAGACGACGCCGGCCAGCUUCUGCCGGAGAUUGCAGAGCUUUCUUCUCCCUUUGGCUCAUUAGCGCAAUUCAUCGGGGUGUCCUUCGCAGACACGCCGUCGUCUCGAAUUAUCAGCUCCUACUUGGGUAUUUACUCGUCCCUCACCAUACUCUACAAUACCUACCAACAAAAGCUACUCAAUGCCCUCCAAAUCUACAAUUCAGUAAGCCCUUUGAUCAAAUUUUUACAUUUCACAGCCAAUCAAGCUUUCCAAGAGGCACUGGAUGGUAUAGAUCAUGUCCACUUCAUCGACCUCAACAUCAUGCAAGGACUCCAGUGGUCGGGUUUGUUUCACAUCCUAGCUUCAAAAUCCUGA